GCAGUUGGUACUUCGCUCUCGCAUUAAUAAGUGACAGCCAUGUCCGGUAUUCUCUACACGUUGCUUGGCCUCGCGGCCAGCACGAGUCUGCAUUGCGCCGUACGACGCGAGAUCAGCCCGUGCACCUGCCGACAAGAGGAGUUUCCCAGUCCCGUUAUCAACCAGGCAGCGGUGACGGUAGCCGCGUCUACCAGCGGAGUCGCCAACGUGAACAACAAUGCUGGCGGUGGUGGAGGAAGCGGUGGUGGUGGUCACCACAUAGGGGAGCGUAUCGAGGUAUUGUGUGAGAAGAUGAAGUCAUUCGACCAAUUGGCCGAGGCAUUGAGCGGUAAAUUCACCCCCGAGCAGCAGAUCACCCUACGAGUGGCGCAUUCGAAUCUACGCGACAUAUCGCGCCACGACUUCAAAGAGCUGCGUAUGUCUAUCACCCGACUCGAGCUGAAUCACGAUCAUCUUGGGGUCGUGGACGGCGAUGUUUUUGCUGGUCUAGGUCGUACGCAAUAUUUGAGUCUCGCAGACAACGAGGUACCAUCGAUACCAAGGCACAUUUUGACGCAUCUAUCAUUGCUACGAACUUUAGACCUUAGCAGGAAUCGGAUAAUUCGUAUCGAUUUGGAUGACUUCAAGCACAAUCCGACGCUUCAGCAUUUGGCCAUGGCCGGAAAUGCGAUUUCUGAGAUGACCCCGGGUUCGCUGCCGCCUCUAGUGAAACAUUUGCAUGUCGGCAGGAAUCGUUUGAACAGCCUAAAUCAUACUUUAAGAGAUUUGAAUCAACUCGAGUGGUUGCUCAUUAAUUCUAACGAGCUCACGUCACUCGAUGGCGAACUACCGUUGUCCGGCCACAAUCUCAAGAUGCUUUAUGCCGCGGAUAACAAGCUGACGCAUCUUCCGGCCGAGUUCCGAUACCUUCACCGUCUGGAGACUCUCUUUCUCCAACAGAACAAGAUCCGAAAUCUCGACGGCACUCUGCAGAAAGCCAGGCGCCUAAAGUUCCUGGAACUUUCAUAUAACGAAUUGCAAGAGCUCAACACGGACGAUUUCUUAGAAGCCGAAAUGUUGGAAGACCUCGAGCUCGGGCACAACUCUCUCAAGUCUCUUGGCAGCGCGGACGGUGAUGGAAAUGGAAGUAGCGCUCUUUAUCCUCUUAGAUCAUUAAAGUGCCUGAAUUUGACGCACAACGAGCUUCGUGAAUUUUCUCUAGCUUCCUUGCGUGGUCUACGUGAACUUAAGCUGCUCGAUCUGUCGAACAACCGGAUCGCCAGACUCCACAGAGGAAGGCCAUCUUCCGAGAAUUUGGUGGAAGAGGAGGGUGAGGAGAUUGCAGGCAGCACUAUCCAAGAUCUACGCCUUCAACAUAAUGAGCUACGUAGUCUAGACGGCUCUCUGUUCCUAGGCAUGAAAGAGUUGCAGAGGCUCAAUCUUAGCCAUAACGCACUGGGCCCCACGAUCGGACCGCGCGAUUUGCGCGGUCUCGAUGGGUUACGCGUGCUCGAUAUCUCGCACAAUCAACUCACUACCCUCGAGGAUACGUCGGAGACGUGGCUACCGUCACUGGAGGAACUGAAUGCGUCGCACAAUCGCCUGGUUACGCUGUCCGGUCGAGAUUUUCGCGGUUUCCCGGCGCUCUGUUGGGCCGAUGUUAGCAUGAAUCAAAUACGUACUCUUAUGCCGGAGCUGGUGGCUAAUACACGAUGCACGAUUCACGGAGUCCCCGACGUGCUACGUAUAUACCUUCAAGAUAAUCCCGUGCUGUGCGAUGCCGGUCUGGUCGACUUGACCGUCGCGCUUGAGGUAAAUCACGCCAAGGUUUACGGGGUCGGCAGCGAUUGUCCCACUACGACGACACCGUCCGUGCCAUUAACGACGACUGCCGAAUUAACGUCGGCGCUACCACCAGCACUGUUACCGCCGACGUUUCUGUUGGCUGCUGCGGCGGCUGCAUCCGGGAGCAACGUGUCUUUCGCUGCCACCCUCGAGUAAAAGUUCCAGCGUCGCCGCGGUGCGUGCUGGCCCUAUGAGAAUAAUUGCGCGAGCACCACGUCAAACAGGGUGAAGACGAUGAAAAGAAAGAGAUCUGAGAAAUUCGCGCAAGAACUUGUCUUCAUUGAGACAAGACGGCAAGAAAAGCGCGAGGUAGAUCACCAAAGUAUGAGCGGAGCGAUUGUUAGAAGACGACGUGCAUGUAUAUCGUGAAAUGUGCAUGCCGAUAUUUCCGAGCGUUCUUGGAAGAUUUCGUUCCCAGUGAUUUCGAAGAUGGCAGUGUGUCUGUGCGUUUGUCUCUACACAUAGAUAGAGAAGCGGUUUUGCGCGUUCGGCGAUCUCGUAAGUCGCCGAGAGGAGUAUCUUCUUUAGUCGUAGCAAGUCCCGAGACGGACCAGGACAGCUUCGAUACGUAUACUUAGGAGAAUCUUGUGCAUCCAAAAAUAUCCCGUUGGACAUUCGAACGAGGACUACUCGUUUAUUUGAUAUUGAAAUCUUGAAAUAAUUUGAGAAAAAUUCAAGAUCCAGAUUCCGUAUGUUGUC